UGGGAAGAAUUGCCCUUACAUUGGGGUCAGUGGGAAGAAUGUCCCUUACAUUGGGGGUCAGUGGGAAGAAUGUCCCUUACAUUGGGGGUCAGUGGGAAGAAUGUCCCUUACAUUGGUGGUCAGUGGGAAGAAUGUCCCUUACAUUGGGGGUCAGUGGGAAGAAUGUCCCUUACAUUGGGGGUCAGUGGGAAGAAUGUCCCUUACAUUGGUGAUCAGUGGGAAGAAUGUCCCUUACAUUGGGGGUCAGUGGGAAGAAUGUCCCUUACAUUGGGGGUCAGUGGGAAGAAAUACCCUUACAUUGGUGAUCAGUGGAAGAAUGUCCCUUACAUUGGGGGUCAGUGGGAAGAAUGUCCCUUACAUUGGUGGUCAGUGGGAAGAAUGUCCCUUACAUUGGAGGUCAGUGGGAAGAAUGCCCCUUACAUUGGUGGUCAGUGGGAAGAAUGUCCCUUACAUUGGGGUCAGUGGGAAGAAUGUCCCUUACAUUGGGGGUCAGUGGGAAGAAAUUCCCCUUACAUUGGUGGUCAGUGGGAAGAAUGUCCCUUACAUUGGUGGUCAGUGGGAAGAAUGUCCCUUACAUUGGUGGUCAGUGGGAAGAAGUCCCUUACAUUGGUGGUCAGUGGGAAGAAUGUCCCUUACAUUGGGGUCAGUGGGAAGAAUGUUCCUUACAUUGGUGGUCAGUGGGAAGAAUGUCCCUUACAUUGGUGGUCAGUGGAAAGAAUGCCCCUUACAUUGGGGGUCAGUGGGAAGAAUGUCCCUUACAUUGGU